GAAACCAUUUAUGCUGAAUUUUUUUCUAAUAAAAAAUUUACCCAAAAUAGAAGGAAAGGCCGAAAGGUUACAAAUAUGAACAGGAUUAAAGCAACUAGGGGUUUGGAACAGCAGAAGCCUUUUUUCUUUUUUUAUAAAUAGUAGAAGCCAGUUUUGUGUGCUGACACUGAGCAAUAACAACAUGAAGAAGAAGACUUCCAUAAUCCUCAACUCAGCAGCAGCAGAGACAAUUGCCUACAACCAAGACCUUUUGACAAUAAUCCUCCUCAGAUUACCAACAAAAUCUCUCAUCAAAUUCAAGUGUGUUUCAAGGCAAUGGCUCUCCAUCAUUUCCGACCCUGACUUCUGUCUCUCCCACACCCGCCACCAUCACAGCAAUGGGUCUCUCUCCCCCACCGCUCUUCUCCUCAAAGGUGACUGCUUCACCCCUCCUUCUGAAUUCUCCAUUGUCCCUUUGAAGCAUUACAGUAAAGUCCCUUUCUUUCAUUACAUCCAUGACUCUGAUGUCAGGAUUGUACAAUCUUGCAAUGGCUUGCUUCUUUGUGAAUCCUACAGACAAAGUUACUUGAUUUGCAACCCCACUACUAAAUCUUUCAGGAGACUAUAUUGUCCUAGUAAUUCGUAUCAUAAUUUUCUUUCUAAAUUUUGUGUUAAUUUGGCUUUUGAUCCUUUAAGUUCACCUGAUUACAAGAUUAUUUGUGUUUGGGAAAGUUACCGGGAACCUUCUAAGUUUAAUCUGGAUUUAUAUUCGUCAAAAAUCGGUUCUUGGGAUUUAUCUAUAAUCACUUUUGAGGUGGAUGAGGAUGAGUUCAUCGAGUUAAAGGAUGGUGUUUUCUGUAAUGGAAGGAUUCAUUGGUGUGGAUAUGGAAGCGAGUCGCUGUAUUUUGAUGUGGAGAAUGAAUGUUUGGAAACAAUGCCGAUGGCAUUACCAACGAGAAUGGAUGCCGAUGAGGAAUGCAGAUAUUUCGGGGAGUCUCGUGGAGUUUUAUAUCUUGCGGUGACUUACAGCAUGGCCGUUUGUUUGGAGUUGGAUGUAUUUGAGAUGGCAAGAGAUUAUUCUCAAUGGAACUGGAAGAUACGUCUGAAUCUUGGUGACGCUGUGAAAGUUUUUCCCGAGUUAGAGUUGGGUUGUGUUGAGUAUUGUCCUGGAUUCUCUGGUGUGUGUUUUAUUCCAUCUGAGAAAGAAGAAGAGCCAAAGGUUGUGUUAUGGGCAGAUGGUAAAAUAAUUUGCUUUGAUUUCAUGGAAGGGGCAUGGAAAAAGCUUUAUGAUCUCGGUCCAGGUAUCAAAAUUGGCUCGCUAUAUCUAGGAGAGGAUGAUCAUUUACAUUAUGAAAGAUUUCAUACUUAUCAAUAUUUUGAGAAUCUCUCUUGUUUAUGAGGGUCUUUUCUUCUGCUGACAGCAAUCUUCCCCACCCUUAUGUUGUCAACAGGUUGAAGGCUUGCAAAGUUUGCAUGAUCUUGGCUAUUUUAAGUGGGAACAAUUGUGUACAAACUGAUGUGUUGUUAAACAUCAACUUUGGGUGUAACGGUCCGGUGAAGAGUUACUUUUGUGGCAUACUUGAUCUAUAUGUUGUAUUGCAAAAUGUUUAUAACUUUGAAUGGACAUCUGCCCUUAUGUUGAUAA